UUUCGCGCCCGCGACCGUCCACCGCAGUGCCACCUCCAUGAUUGACACGUGCCGCGCGGAGGAGAAAGUGUUCAAAGUUGCCAGCUACAAAAUGCCGACGCUGCAGCCGCGGAUCGGGUUCAGCAUCGACUCGAUCGUCGGCAACACGACGCCGAAGUCGCCGCCGCCCCACACGCUGACCAAGGCGGAGCAGGUGGCGCAGGGCGCCGGCCACCCCCCGCAGCACCAGCACCAGCUGCCGAGUCGGUCGCCGAGUCCGCCGCAGAGCUACUCGGUGCGGCUGAACCGGCUCCAGAGCCUGUCGCCCCCGCACAACUACAGCAUCACCCGGCUCCCCGAGAGCCCCCAGAGCCUGAGCGAGGGGAGCCACGUGAGUGCCCGCUCGCUGGAUGCCCUCCAGUCGCGCCUCUCGCCGGAACUGGCCCGCGCCCACACCGGACCGGUCGCCCCGCAAGCCCUGUCCCUGAAGCGACCCCGCAGUCCGUCGCCCCCGGCCUCACCACCCACGCCCACGAUCACUUCCGCCCACGCGUCUGGCCACCUGGGCGGACCGCCGCCCGGACCCACCGGGCUGGGGCCGCAGCCGACGGGUCCGAUCGUGGUGCCCGGACUUCCGCCGGGACUGGUGCGUCCUUUCCCCGUCAGCCCCUCGCAACCGCACUCGCACCCUGGCUCGCACCCGCACUCGCCGGUGGCUGGGGGCGGUGGCGGUGGGCCACCGCAAGGACCGCCCGGGCAGCCGCCGGCCGACCUCAAGGGUUUGCCGCCGUUCCUGCACACCCCGGAAAUGGUGCAGGCGGCCCACAACCAGCACUUCCUGGCCGCCCAGUUCCAGGCGGCCGCCCUCGCCCACGCCCAGGCCGGCCAACCGUUCCCACCGCAUCCGGCCGCCGCCCAUCUGCAUAACCCCGCCAUGCCGCCGCGCGACAGCUACCCGCUCUACCCGUGGCUGCUGAGCCGCCACGGACGCGGCGUCUUCCCGAUCGGAUUCCCGGGCAACUACCUCAUCCCGUUCCGCAAGUCGAAGCGCGUCCGGACCGCGUUCUCGCCCUCGCAACUGCUCAAGCUGGAGCACGCCUUCGAGAGCAACCACUACGUCGUGGGCGCGGAACGCAAGCAGCUCGCCCAGAACCUGAACCUCUCCGAGACGCAGGUGAAAGUGUGGUUCCAGAACCGGCGCACCAAGCACAAGCGGAUGCAGCAGGAGGAGGGCGGUUCCGGAUCCGGCAAGUCGACCGACGGGGACCACCAGAACCGGUCCGCCUCGAGCCCGACCGGCAGCUGCGAGGAGGACGACGAGGAGGACGAGUUCAUCGACAUGGAGGACUGUCCGAGCGACGAAGAGAACAUGCACCACAAUGCGUGCUGAGUGCCAAACUGCCCCGCAGCUCCUCCGAAGGACCUCCCGGACGAAGGGCGUUUCCGCGGUUGUUGCAAUUGUACCAGUGAUUUGAAUGCGUGCGCCUAUUUAAUCAGGAGCCUCGGUGGCCGAUGGAUCCCCCGCGAUUAGGAGAAGGAAUCGGAAAUCGAAACUAAAGUAGAACGAAAAUUAACGAUCACCGGACGAUCACCGGGUCCCCGGAUUUUGUACAGUCGAUUGUGUAGAUACACAGUGAAAACCACUACCACUAGAGGGUCGGACUCUAGGGCGUUAGGACUUAGGAUUAG